UCUCUGGCUGCAGUGGAGCCACAAGAUGACACACUAGAGAGAAAGCAGGAGGGAAGGGUGGAUGGUAGACAGAAAGAGAGAUACUCCCUCUCAUUGUGCUCCCUCUGACUGGAAGGAGAACAAGUUGAGAGGAGAGAACGAAGUCGGGAACAGACUGGACACAAAGACGUGAGACAGAAAGAUAUUUGGUCGUUGGGUUUUGGUUUCGGACUUUGUGUGGAGAUGAAGUUUCUCCUCAGAGCUCUGAGUGCUCUGCUCUGCUGCUCGCUGUCCUCCUCACAAACACUGGAUCCUACUGGGAGGAACGUCUGCCACAAUAUCAGGAACCCUUCAACCUUGGUCUGUUGCACUGGAUGGCGUCAAGAUGGAAAAGAGUGCACCAUACCUGUGUGUGAAAGUGAGCAGGCCUGCCUGAAGGGUGAGAUCUGUGUGUAUCCUGGAGUGUGUCGCUGUCCACCUGGUUUCUACGGAGCUCACUGUAAAACACGCUGUCCUACCGAGCUCUGGGCUCCAGACUGUCGCCAGGUGUGUCAGUGUUACCCACACGGCCGCUGUGACCCCGUCACUGGUGAAUGCACCUGCAACUCCAAUCGCUGGGGUCCACUGUGCCAGUACGCCUGCAAGUGCACCCGCCACGGCCACUGCCACCCAGUCCACGGAAACUGCACCUGCGACGAGGGCUGGUGGACGUCAACCUGCUCCAAGCCGUGUCAGUGCAUCAGCGGGGGAGCUGCGGGCCCAGGCUGCGACCAGCUAACGGGCCGGUGUCAGUGCCACAGGGGCCACUGGGGGCUCAGAUGUCCCGUCACUUGCAACUGCUACCUGUCGCAAUGUAACCAGCGUACCGGUAUGUGUGAGUGCGAGGCAAGCUGGUGGGGACCCAGCUGUGACCGGCGAUGUGAAUGUGACCUCACACACAGCAGCUGUGACCCGGCCAAUGGGCAGUGCCUGUGCCACCCGGGGUACCAGGGGGUCGUAUGCAACGAGCCCUGUGAAGCUGGGAAGUACGGCAGUGGUUGUAAAAUGAGCUGUGGUUUCUGUAAAGACAACCAGCUCUGCUCUGACACCGAUGGCUCCUGUGAUGCCUGUGAAUCCGGCUGGAACGGCACACGAUGCGACCGCCCGUGCCCGUCUGGUUCUUAUGGGGACGGCUGCCAGGAGAAGUGUCCACGCUGCAGGAAUAACGAGCCCUGUGACCCAAAAACUGGGAAAUGUUGGAGGUGUGACCCAGGAUGGACUGGAUCCAGGUGUGAGGCGGCCUGCUCUAACAGGACGUUUGGAGACGCCUGCAGCUCCCUGUGUGGCCCUUGUUUUCAUGGUGACUGCCAUCACGUGACAGGAAGAUGUGUCUGUCAGCCAGGCUUUCAGGGAGAGAGCUGUAACAGCAGCUGCCCCGCCCUGCAGUUUGGCCUCAACUGUUCCUCCGCCUGUGACUGUAGUGAGGGGGACAGCUGCGACCCAGUCACUGGUGUCUGUCCCAACAGUGCCAGAGCUGCUGUACUAGCAGGUGUGCUCGUUCCUUUGCUCCUGUUGCUCCUUGCUGUGCUCUGCUGCUGUUUGUGUUGUGGAGGAGGUCCUGUCGAUGGCAAAGACAGGGCGGCUGUGGCCGAUGGAGGCUGGUCAGUUCGGAUGAAAUAUCACGUUUACAGCGUCCUGGCUAACAUCGGUGCUGCCCUGCCCUGCAUCUCUGAUUGGUCCUCUGGCCUCCCUCGUGUCACUGUGUCUCACCAUGACCCAGAGCUGACGUUCAACCACAGCUUCAUUGAGCCUCCUUCCUCUGGAUGGGUGACUGAGGGGUCGUCCUUCGACAGUGAUGAGGAGGAGGAAGAGGUGCUCUACUGUGUCCCUCCAAGAGAAGACAUCAUGGCGCUUGCGGGCGGCGAGUUCCACGAGAUGAGCUCGAAGUGUAACAUGUUCUUAGACCCAUGCGGCUUUAGCUGUGAGGACAUCACCUCGCCCUUCAACAUCCCUCGCACCUCCAGCAUCGCCAAGUCCAAGCGGCCUUCUGUCUCUUUUGCAGAGGGAACCCGCUUCAGCCCCAAGGAGAGGCGUGGCUCGGCUCAGGACCCUGGAGCUCUCCCUGGACACCCACGCAACAAACCCAAGUUACCUUGGGGGGUUCUGAUGCUGUCUGCCCUCCAAAGUCAGGGGAGUGCAGCUAGAACUGGGGAGGAAGAUGAAGCUGAGAGCGAGGAGGGGGAAGAUGAAGUCGAUGUGCAGGCGACAGACAAUCAGGAUUCCAGCUGUGAGGCAGGGGACCAGGAAGUAGGCAGAACCCCUUUCAAGGCCACCCUGCAUGUCCCUGGGGCAUUAGGACGAAGGCGAACUAUGUCCAACACAGUUGCUCAUAAAUGUAGCCAGCUGCCGACAUCUGAUGCUCAGGUGGGGGUCUUAAAUAAAGUCACCACCCUGUAUGUGACGGUGGAUAGGGCAGGUAAGCCCGCGUCAAAGACGGAGACAAGCUCUGAAGGCCCAGUUCAAGCCAUGCUGCGGCGACUCGGAAGCCUCCAGAGACAAAGGGAGCAGGAGUCUGGCAAGGCCAAGCCCAAAGGAGUUGAAGGGAUCACCAAACCACCAAGGAGGAAGCUCGGAACUCGGGCAAGCGUGUGGGAGGAGGGAGGCCCACCUGGAGGGGAGGUGGGCAUAUGUAAGCCAAUCAGGAGAAAGCAUGCUGCUCUCAACUCCGCUGACACAGCUGGUGCUAAUGACACUCCAUCAUCAGAGAGCGGCACUCCAAAAAGGCCUCUGUCGUCCUUGUUGACGAGCGUGCCAGAGGUGGUUUCAUCUGUCUCAGGGUCAGAUCUGAGGGCUGAGAGUUGUGGUCCUAGUACAGGAAAAACUGAGGGCACCUACCUGACUGUGGGACCAGCAGGAGACGCUGUGAGUCUCACUGAGAUCAUCGCCAAUGAAGGAGCAGUGGUCGGUGUGAAUGAUGAACCCUGCUAUGAAAAUGUCAUCAUUAAACUCUCAUAACCUCUGAGAAAGAACACGUCAGCAGGUCUGAGUCAAACGCAACUGCAUAUUUAUUACUCUGCAGUUUUAAAGUUACAGGCACAAAGGAAACUCUUGAAUUAUUAAGUUGUUAUCUGUUACACAAUGUACAGGUACAGCUGCAUAUUGAUAUUCAUGCAGCAUUUGUGUUUAAAAAACCAAAACACAUGACAUUUAUAUUUUAGAUUGAAAUAUGAAUGAAACAGAAGCAACAGAAUAUCAGGUGAGGUAUUUUGGUAACUUUUCCUAACAAUGCCACUGGUUGCGUUCGGUGUCUUAAAUUGUAUAUCAACACGAUUAUUAGGGACAAUUGUGUGAUAAGUGUUUUUGAUUUCUCCAUGUUGUAUUGUAACUGUAUACAUACAAGUACUGUAAUAUCUGGGCGAGUGUCUGCUUCUUGACUCAGAUAACGGAUAAACACACAAUAAAACAUCCGUGUUGUACGAGGAAGACAAGAGCAAACAGCGGCAAAAAUAUCAGAGUAGUCUUAAAAGAUCAUGAACUGUGUUCUUGAUGACUGUUGUUUUUAUUUAUCAUGGAUGCAAAUACAUGUAAGACAGACUGUAACAGGUUGUGAAUAUGCAAUCAAAAGGGACUCACUCAGUAACACAGUACAUCGUGUAAACAUCUGUAUGUAUUACAGUAGUAUUAUACUUUGCUCUCUGCUACUUAAACUGGAAUUGUAAGAAUCUUUUUACAUCUACAACCUACGGUCAAAGUCCCGUCUGUCACUGCUCUCUGACAGUCACAUGAUGCUGCUGUUGAGUAAAACCCUCCCUGUUGCAAUAUAGGGAUUUUUUUCAUUUUUAUUACAUAUAUCUGUACAACCAUGUGCCAAAUGUUUAUGACCCUUUGAUGGAUGAACUCUUGUAAGCCCUGUGCUAUAUUUUGUUUUUCACUGUAUAUCCUUAUGAUUAAGAAGGAGAAAAUAAACAUUUUGAAGUAUAUAUAUAUAUCAAAAUGUGGCCUUUAAAUUCAAUUUGCAAUCUCUUCUCGGCUUACUCCAAUGAGCUUAUUGUCAUUAUAGUUGUGUUUAAUUUAGUAGGUCAGCUGAUGUUGAGACGAGAUGAGCUUUAUCGACCAGUUGAACUUUGGCCAUGUUGAGGUCAACUACUGUGUGGAGAGCAGCUGUGUGUGGACUUUGAUUGAUGAAUAUUUGCCAAAGUUGAUGAGCAGUUGUUUAUGGGUUACACAGAGCAAGUGUGUCAGGUUUUCAACAGCCAGCACUGCCUGUUUCAAUGCCUGAUAUAUCAAACUACUUUUCUGCCCCAGUGGUGUCUGGACAGCUGAGCCAGUACUUGGCGAUAGAUCUGGGAUAUGGAGGCGUGGCCAAGUCAACUCUCUUGGUCCUGAGGUCCACUCUGUAGUAUUUAUCUGGAAAACACAGAAACAACAAACAACAUUCAUUUCAUAUCUCUGGAGCAGCUCAUGGUCAGGUUGUGUGAAGAAGAUCUCACUCUCAGUCAGUAAAACAACUUCACAUUGGACCUGUCAUCGGUGUCAGCAUGCUUUGAAACACUGUGGUUUAUGAUUCUUUGGUGAAUCAUAAACUUGAUAACAGUACACUAUAUCACUUAAAGGUGACAGCCAUAAAUGCAGAAGAACUGCAGUGAUUUUAGGCAUCUGUUUCUUUGUCAUGUGGACUAUUACACAGCAUGUGAAAGUAGGUAUAAUAAGCCUUCUGUGGCUAGCUGGGGAAAGUUUAAUAAAAUUAGUUAAAAUGAGUUCCUGUCUGCCCCUCCAGCUGCUCUCGACAUCUGUAUCUCAUUUCACUAAGGUCUUCUUUCAUCAGUCCUGUUCCUGGGGUUAAAUGGUUACCCGUGACCACCUCACCCUUGAACCUAAAUAAAGCAAUUCAUAUUAAGGGAGCAUUUAUUUUGUUAAAUUGUUUUGUAUGACUAUUAUCAACCUAAAUGACACUGCUGUGUUACCUCCUCUAAAGAAGUAGACACUCUGUAUGGGCAGACUCCCCUGGAUGGACUCCCACAACGACCUGCCGUCUCUGGAGUCAUAGUUGCCCCUGUUGUUCUGACGGUAACCAUCUCUCCGUCUGUCCUGGUCCCGGUCUUGAUCCCACCGUCUGUCCCAGUCUCGUCCGAAGCUCUCUUCUAUCUCCAUCCUCCUCUCUGCCAACCUCAGACCCAUUUCCAUCCCCCUUUCUGCAAAGUCCUGGCCCAUGUUCAUCCCCCGCUCAGCCGUGGACCCCCAGAAGGGUGAGCGGCUUUGCCUCCUUCGACCCCACUGCUGUCCAUACUGCUGGUCCCACUGCUGUCCGUACUGCUGGUACUGCUGGCCCUGCUGUUGACCCCCCUGCUGGUCAGGACGGUCGUCGUUGCGGCGUCCUGUGGACCUCGAGGGAGGGACGUACAUUCUGCCGGCCAUGACGGCAUCCACUGGAGACUUGAGGCCCUUCCAGUCCUUGUCAAUGAAGUGGUGUUUGUCGUGAUGCUGGGGCACUGAAGAAUGU